AUGGAACGAUACUUUAAGAGAAGGUUCGCAUCAACUACUUUUAGUUCGGAUAAUGUGGGUAGUUCGAGUUCGAGAGAUGUGGAUAUUUCUAGAGAUGUGGAUAGUUUGAAAGAAAGUGAGUUGCAAGAUAUCUUAGCUAAUCUUAUUGCAGACCCUGGACUUCGACCUCAAAUGUUGGAUUAUGAUCCUAACAUUAGAGACGAAGUUCGAAGAGCAUAUCUACAAAAGGGUCCAUGUCAGCCCAAGGAUCACACAUUUCCACAAACUGAUCUUUUAGGAAUUGGUCAAGGGUGUAGCGACGCCUUCACACAGAUGGGUUUUUGGAAUUGGAAGAAGAAAGAUAAAAUUAGGCAACAUGUUGGACCUGUUGGAAGUGUUCAUAAUCAAUCUAGACAGUAUUGUGUGGAUCUUAUGAAUCAAAAGCAACACAUCCGAAUAGUUUUGAUAAAGCAAUCAGAGCAAGCUCGUAUUGAUUAUCGUAUUUGCUUGACAGCUUCUCUUGAUUGUGUGAGAUUUUUAUUGAGGCAAGGUCUUCCUUUUCGUGGGCAUGAUGAGAGUGACACUUCAAGCAACAAGGGGAAUUAUUUAGAGCUCUUACAGUUUCUUACUGAUCAUGAUGAGAAAGUGAAGGCCGUUGUGUUAGAAAAUGCUCCCGGGAAUCUCAAGUUAAUAGCUCCAACAAUUCAAAAAGAUCUUGUGAAUGCUUGUGCCACUGAAACUAUUAAGAAAAUCAUCAAGGAUAUGGAUGGUGCAUUCUUCUCUUUAUUAGUUGAUGAAUCACGUGAUGUGUCAGUAAAAGAACAGAUGGCGGUGGUGUUUCGUUAUGUGGACAAAAGUGGGGAUGUAAUUGAGAGGUUUGUGGGCAUUCAACAUGUUAGGGAUACUACAUCAAACUCACUCAAGGAGGCUAUUGACAUAUUGUUUGCAAGAGAGGAAUUGAGCAUUUCCAUGCUAAGAGGACAAGGAUAUGAUGGAGCUAGUAAUAUGAAGGGUGAGUUCAAUGGUCUUAAAACACAGAUUUUGAGAGAAAAUCCUUGUGCCUAUUAUAUUCAUUGUUUUGCACAUCAACUUCAAUUAGCUCUUGUGGCCGUGACAAAGGGAAAUGCUGAUAUUGCCACUUUCUUCACAUCUUGCAAUAGCUUGGUUAAUAUUGUUGGAGCAUCGUGCAAGCGUCGUGACAUUCUUAGAGAUCAACUACAAAAGGAUGUUACGGAAGCUCUAGAAAAAGAUACUUUUCCAACAGGACGAGGCUUAAAUCAAGAAACUUGUCUCAAGCGUCCCGGUGAUACACGUUGGAACUCACAUUAUGGUACAUUACUUAGUAUCAUUUCCAUGUUUAAAUCUGUGGUGAAAGUGCUCAAAUUUAUUAUUGAGGAUGGCUCCACUGAUAAUCUAGGUGAAGCAAAUAGGUCAUUGAGAGAAAUACAAUCUUUUGAGUUUGUAUUUCACCUAUUUUUCAUGAGAUCUAUAUUGGGAGCCACAAAUGACUUGUCACAAGCAUUACAGAGGAAAGACCAAGAUAUUGAGAAUGCAAUGACUUUAGUCAAAGUUUGCAAGGACCAACUACAACACAUGAGAGAGAAUGCAUUUGAAGCCUUGCUUGAUCAAGUAUCUUCCUUUUGUGCCAAACAUGAUAUCUUGGUUCCAAACAUGGAUGAUGCAUAUGUAGCUCAAUGGAGAUCACAUUGGAGAGCUCCUAUAAUAACACACCUCCAUCAUUAUCGUGUGGACAUCUUUAUUCAAAUCAUUGAGUGGCAACUUGCGGAAUUAAAUUGUCGCUUUAGUGAGUCGGUCGAUUCUUGUUCACCAAACAUUGAGUUUGUCACAAUUUGA